UCCGCCGCCAUUUUUUGCCGCCGCCGCCGCCAAGAUGGAGGCGCCUCCCGUUACCAUGAUGCCCGUUACGGGCGGCACCAUCAACAUGAUGGAGUACCUGCUGCAAGGAAGCGUUUUGGAUCAGAGCCUAGAGAGCCUGCUGCACCGCCUGCGCGGGCUGUGCGACAACAUGGAGCCGGAGACCUUCCUGGACCACGAGAUGGUGUUCCUGCUGAAGGGGCAGCAGGCCAGCCCCUUCGUGCUGCGGGCGCGGCGCUCCAUGGACAAGAGCGGCAUGCCCUGGCACCUGCGAUACCUGGGGCAGCCGGAAAUCGGAGACAAAAACCGGCACGCGCUCGUGCGCAACUGCGUGGACAUCGCGACUUCGGAUAAUCUGACGGACUUCCUGGUGGAGAUGGGCUUCCGCAUGGAUCACGAGUUCGUGGCCAAGGGGCACGUGUUCCGCAAGGGCAUCAUGAAGAUCGUGGUGUACAAGAUCUUCCGCAUCUUGAUGCCCGGCAACACGGAUAGCAUCGAGCCUCUCUCCCUGUCCUACCUUGUCGAGCUUAACGUUGUCGCUCCGGCGGGACAGGACGUGGUUUCUGAUGAUAUGAGGAACUUUGCGGAGCAGCUGAAGCCCUUAGUGCAUCUGGAAAAAAUUGACCCUAAAAGGUUAAUGUGAUGAAAAGCUGGGCAGCUUGAGCAGUGCUGUUGCCGAUAGUCCAGUAGGAACUAACCUUUGUUCAAAUCACCCUAUGUAUCUUUAGAUGUAGUAAGGGUGUGCAGUCAGGAUGUCCGUGUUUGAAAGCACUGGCAUGAUUAAGUAGAAUCAUAGAAUUAUGGAGUCUUUGAAGAUGGAGUGCCUUGAAAAACACGUGCAGUUAACUGGCUUGACUAGCAUAGCCUUGCUGUAGCCAGAUGAGUGAUUGGACUCCAGUGCACGCAGAACUUUUGUUCAUGGACUCCACUGUGUCCCCUCCCCUGCUGGAGCAGUAAGUGAUAGCAAGGUGCAACACUUAAAAAUACUGACCUUAUGGUGUUGGGCUGGGAGGGGCUAGAGGCUUUGAUUUAUUGGUUUUGUUUUGUUUGGUAAUUUGCCAGCAUGUAGUAUGUGGUUAUGCACGUAGAUGCACGCUUAAGAGCAGAGUGUGUGUAAUUUUUGAUAAAAGCUUUUGUUGGAAAUGUGAGGACCACUCCCUUGUCUGAGAUUCACCCCGACUAAGGGGAAGAAAAUGAAAUGUUGUGGUAUGCAAUGGUGGCCAGUGUAUAAAUUGUACAGGGAAGAGUGGCCAGAAAUGGGGGCCUUGAAAGGGAAAGAUAAAAUCCUUUCUGGACUAUUUAAAUGUGAGCUUGGAAAGAUUUUAACUCAUGAAUUUUUGUAUAUGCCAGGAUGCAUUUGUUAUAAAAUGAUUAUUAUACUAGACAGAAAUAUAAGUUGGUGGAAAUUAAUUUGAGGGCUUUAGUGAUAUUAUCUGAAUGUGGGAAGAGCAAAAAUAAAAAAAAUGUUGCUCUGCUUGUGAUAUUGGAAAAAAGAAUGUAUUAAGCGACACAAAUAAGAAGAAAUGCAGUUGCUAAUGGCUGGUUCCACAGAGGAGAUAAAUGAUGAUGGUGCUGGUUGGUGGGAAGGAGCUAAGGGAAAGUUAAGCCGUGAGGUCAGAAAGACUUGUGGUCUUUUCUAUGUCAGGGCUGCUACAAUAGCCAGCAGCCACUGAGGAUCCUGUGAGACAAACAGGGGGCCUGAAGAAUUGCCUGAGUGCACGUUCCCUUGUCUGCCUCCAGUGUGAUAAAUCAGAAGUCUGUCAGUUACAGAAAUCCCUGAGAGAAGAAAGCAAGAAAAAACAGGUGGCUGAAAUUCCAUCUAAAAUCAUGGUUGCUGUAAUUCCUCCUGUUUCUUUGGUGAGAAAAGCAUGGGAGAGCCACGUCUGACAAGCUGGUAAAAGCAGAAUUGAAGUCAGGAGCUAAAACAUAAGCUAAAAAGUAAGAUGGAAAAAAUAUCCUAUGAAACUGGAGGCCCAUAUUGGGCUACAACAUGUAUGGGCUAUUCCAGGAAUGCCAGUCUGAAUGUAACAAUCCCAUUCUGCCUGUUAAAGACCAAGAUCUUAAGUUUAUCGAUUAGUUCUAGAUUUGAGAGCUGUCAGUCAAAUACUUACCAAUAUGCAUCCCGGAGUAUCUAACCACUACACUUUGCUGACCCAUACAGCUGAUUCUAAUGUUGGCAGUUUUAAAGACCUGAAAGAUACUCUCCUAGAAAAUCCAGACUGGAAGCUGUUCAUGAAUGGAAGCAGCUCUGUAGUUGGCUGAGAAUGAAAAGCUCUGGUAUGCAAUUAUAACCUGGUAAGAAACAGAAUUAAGACCGUUGCCAGCCAGUAUGCAGGCUCAGAAAGUUGAGCUAAUCACUCUGACUCGGACAUUAAAACUGUCAAAUGCAAAGUGAGUUAACAUUUGUCCUGAAAUAUGUCUCUGGAGUAAUACAUACUGUGUAGUGGUUUGGAAAUAAAGAGAAUUACUAUGAUCUCAAGGAAAUCCUAUCAAAUAUAGCACAGAAAUUAUGAGAUUGCUUGACACAGCUAGUUAGAAAUCUAAGAGAAGCAGCAGUAAUUGCAAGGCAUGCCAGACUGAACAGACUGAUGUUAUCGAAGGGGACAGAGAGUAGGUGAAGCCGUCAAGAAAAUAGUUGUGAGUAAGUGUAGGAACCAUGCUUGCUGAGAAGUUCUUGAAUACUAGGACUCCUAUUCGUAUGAAAAGCAGGGUAAGUUAGCUCCUGGAAUUAAGCAGUUAAGGAACACGUAGGAGUACUAUGUGGGUGGAAGCUGUAGUUAAGAAGCUAUACAGUUAUUGAUUGCUAAAAGUAUGCUCCAGAUGUGCAGGACUUGUCUUAAAAAUAAUGCUAAAAUUCAGAGACCGAGGAGAGGUACUUGGCUACUUGGACAAUAUUGGCAAUGAAACUGAAAUUGGAAUAUUUUUUCCUGAAUGAUCUGAGUGUAAUGGAUAUAAAUAAUUAUUGCUAUUGGUUGACACCUUUUCAUGGCAUGAGGCAUGCCUGAGCUGAACCAAGAAAGCAAGAGAAGUAGUUAGCAUUUUAGUAAAGGAAAUAAUUCCAAGAUCUGGAUUUCCAAGAGAACUCUUGUCAGAUAGAGUACCUAAUUGUAGAGCAAAAAUAUCUCAAGGAAUAUCUAGGUUCCUGAAAAUGAAAAGGGACUUCACUUUGGGGGUGACUGGAACGGGCUGCCCAGAGAGGCUGUGGAAUCUUCUUCUCUGGAGAUACUCAGAACCCACCGGGACUCUUUCCUGUGUGAUGUGCUGUAGGGAGCCUGCUUUAGCAGGGGGAUGAUCUCCAGAGGUCCUUUACAAACACUGCAGUUCUGUGAUACUCUCAUUUCUUUAAACCAGGAGACCAAGUGUAUUUUCAAACUUGGCAGGAAAAAAUGUUUGAGACGUGGAAAGGACAAAUAUUGCAGUAACAGGGAUUAACUCUUGGAUUCAUUACACCAGGACAAAGGCAGAUCCAGCAGGAGGAGUGAAGAGCUGAAGUUGAUUGAAGCUGAAAAUGAAACAGAAUACUCAGGUGUAAGUGCAGUUCAUGGACCUACCCACUUAGGAUUGGAAUUUUCUCAGAGAAUAUUACUCUUGCUGAUUUCACAUCUGAUUUCACUUGUUCUGUAAUCUUUUGCUUAUCUGUGUCACUCUACAGAUAUCAAGGGAACUAGGUGGGAGUGAUGCUCCUCAUUUGCCUUUGGAUGGUGAAGAAAACUGAGGCAAGUGUAUCAGAACCAGGAAACAAAUGGAAUUGGGAUGUGUUUCAUAAAAUAAUCCGAAACACAGUUCUGAUUGCUGGGUUUGUGCUCAUCUUCCAGAUCGCACUGAGCAGGCAGCUUCAUUAGUUGUGGUACCCAUCCCACCUAAUGUAUCUUGGAGAUACUUACCAAUUGGGAGUUUUUUUACAGUUAAUAAAGAAAAUACAUCCAUUACAAAAAGAGUCUGAGGCAGGAAUGAUGGCCCUUUAAAAUAGAGUGGCCUUAAAGAUGUUUGCAUCAAAAGGAGGGAUUUUUACAGUGCUUAACGCUAACUGUUGCUUGUAUGUCAACCAAAGUGGUAAAAUUUCUGCAGAUUUGGAAGGAAUUUCAGAAGCAGACAAAAAUAUGGCAUGAGGUUCAGAAAGGCAGUACUUUUUUGGAGAAACAAUCCAAUGGCAGUCGAUGGAAUGGCACUUCCAUCAACCCAGCCUGAUGCAUUAGUUUCACAAAAGCAAGGUCAAAUAUCCCACUAUUUAUGUGUUUUUGUUGCUCUCUUUUUUUAA